ACAGACGGCGACACCAUCCGCAUCCUCAUCACGACCGACAAUCAUGUCGGCUACAACGAGCGGGACCCGGUUCGGGGCGACGACAGCUGGAAGACUUUCGACGAGAUCAUGUGCUUGGCGAGAGAGCGUGAAGUCGACAUGGUGCUCAUGGCCGGUGAUCUCUUCCACGAGAACAAGCCGUCCCGCAAAGCCAUGUAUCAAGUUAUGCGAAGCCUGCGCCGGAACUGCUUUGGUGACAAGCCAUGCGAGCUGCAAAUGUUGAGCGACGGCAGUGAGCAUUUCGCUGGAUCUUUCAAUCACGUCAACUACGAAGAUCAGGAUCUCAAUGUGGCCAUCCCAGUCUUCUCCAUCCAUGGCAACCACGACGAUCCAUCGGGAGAGGGCCAUCUAGCAGCUCUCGACAUCCUGUCCGUCUCUGGCCUGAUCAACUACUAUGGCCGAACUCCCGAGUCGGACAACAUCCACGUGAAGCCAGUCCUGCUUCAGAAGGGCAAGACGAAGCUCGCACUGUAUGGCAUGAGCAAUGUCCGCGAUGAGCGACUCUUCCGUACCUUUCGAGACGGUCAGGUCAAGUUCUUCCAGCCGAGUCGAGACACUGGAGACUGGUUCAACAUCCUGAGUGUUCACCAGAAUCAUCAUGCCUACACCGAUACCAACUUCCUGCCAGAGCGCUUUUUGCCAGGUUUCAUGGAUCUCAUCAUCUGGGGUCACGAGCACGAAUGCAAAAUCGAUCCGCAGACAAAUUCGACGCACGGCUUCAAAGUCAUGCAGCCUGGUUCUUCCGUUGCCACAUCUUUGGUAAAAGGUGAGGCAGUGGCAAAGCAGGUGGCCAUCCUGAGCCUCACAGGUACAGCGUUCCGUACCGAGAAUAUCAGACUGAAGACAGUGCGUCCCUUCAUUAUGAGGGAGAUCUCGCUCAGCGACUAUCCUGAGAUUCACGCGCUCGCCUACGAGAAAGAGCACAAGAACGAACUGACAGCAUUUCUUGAUGUCGUCGUUGACGAGAUGAUUCAAGAAGCACAACAGCAAUGGCACGAGCUACAAGAGGAGGGCGACGAGAUGGACGAAGAAGAGCAGCCACCACUACCGCUCAUCAGGCUUCGCGUUGAGGCCACGCCACCGGAAGGGGGCAAACCAUUUGACUUUCCAAAUUCGCAACGCUAUUCCGCAACGUUUGCCGACAGAGUCGCCAACGCUAGCGAUGUGUUACAGGUGCAUCGUAAGCGUGCAGCAGGUACAGGGAAGCGGAGACAGCCGGAUGAACCAGACGAGAGGAUCCUGCAGCAGACCGAAUUUGACUCUGUGGCGGUUGAAAAGCUGGUCAACGAGUAUCUUGCUGCACAGUCGCUUCAAGUCUUGCCUUCCAACGCUUUCAGCGAUGCGGUCAGUCAAUUCGUCAACAAAGAUGACAAACAUGCCAUGGAGCAGUUCUUAAUAGAUAAACUGGAGGACCAGCAACGCGGACUCGUUGGACCAGCAGACGAAGCCGAGGAAGAAAACGAAGAAGCGUUCGAUGAAGAGCAGAUCCAACUAGCCAUGGAGAAAAACCGUGAAACCCUCGAAGAGCAGCAUUCUAGUGGCGUGCGCUCUCGUCGGCGGAGGACAGACAUCAACCCAAAGCCAGAUGGUUGGGACAGCGAUGUUGCAGGGCACUGGGAGGAUAGCAUCGGCGCGAUUAAACAUGUCGAUGGCGAUGCUAAUGGCGACGAAGAUGAUGCUAGUAGCGUCGCUUCUGGGUCACGGCCGGCGCGAGGAAGAGGCAGUCGCGGAGGCAGAGGUGGAAAGACAGCUGCUGGCACCACGCGCAAGACCACUGCUGCUGCGAAGAAGGCGCCUGCGAGCAAGGCUGCCACGGGAAGAGGGAAGAAGAAACAAGUGUCGGAAGACGAAGAUGAGGAUGUGGUGAUGAUCAGCGAUGACGACGACGAUGAGUCGCAAGGACUUUUCGUCACCCAAGACACGCCGCGAGAUCCAAGUCCACCCAAGCGAACUGCUGCACGUGGAGGACGAGGUAGAGGCAGAGGUGCUGCCACGACUUCGCGAUCUGGCGGCACUCAGUCACAGCUCACCUUCGGCACCCAGGCCAUUGGCAGUGGCCGCACAAAUGGCAGGGCGACAGCGACGAAAUCUGCUGCUUCGAAGCGUCAUGAGCCCAGCGAAGACGAGAUCAGCGACGAUGACGACGCCUUCGAGCCGCCUCCACCUGCGCAGCGCAGUGCUAGGACUGGUAGA